CCGAUGCCACCCGACGUGGAAUUCGCGUUGACCCACGCGACGAGAGGGCAGACAUGUCACGGAACGAAUUCGCCGCUGAAAGGCGGUGCGAGAAUGUGCUCCGAGAUGGCGAUGGACAGCGAGGCCGAGGCUCCGAGCCUUCGAGGUUUGGCAGAGCGGGGCCGGAGAGCGCGGGCAUAUGAAGCCGCAGGAUUGCUCGCAAAUAUGCUUUUAGAACAGUCGGACAUUCUUUGCGUGCAAAGGGCCGUGUCAGGGGAGCUCGAUUGGAGUUGGAAUCGUCGAUAAAACCGGGGAAGGCCUAAUUCUAUUUGCCAGGCGCGGGGAGGGAGGGGAGGGUAGGGGGUUUCAGCUAUGGCAUCGAGGGCGAGCAGAGCGCUGCGAGCGUAUGCAUCUCCUGGUGGAUUCAUUCAUCUAUGGCGCCGGGGAUCGAGAGGAUUUGCCACCAGUACCAGCGCGCUUCCUCGUGGAGGGUCGGAUUCUGGGGCCGGCGGAGAGCUUUCGUCCUCAGACCUUAUCCAACACGAGAUUCUUUACAGUGCGCACAAUUAUCAUCCCAUUCCAGUUGUAUUUGCUCGUGCAAAAAAUGCUCUGGUGUGGGACCCUGAGGGACGUCAAUAUCUCGAUUUUUUGUCUGCUUACUCGGCCGUCAAUCAGGGUCAUUGCCAUCAAAAGAUUCUUGAUGUUCUAGUGGAACAAUCUCAACGCCUCACCCUCAGCUCGCGUGCAUUUCAUAAUGACAAAUUCCCCACAUUUGCCAGGCUUCUUACUCGCAUUUUUGGGUAUGACAUGAUGCUGCCAAUGAAUACCGGAGCAGAAGGUGUAGAGACAGCCCUUAAACUUGCGAAGAAGUGGGGCUACAUGAAGAAGGGCAUUACCAAAGACGAGGCCUUGAUUGUUUCGUGCUGUGGUUGCUUCCAUGGUCGAACCUUGGCUGCUGUAUCUAUGAGCUGCGACAAUGAUGCCACCCGAGGAUUUUCGCCCCUUUUGGGUGGGAACCUCAAAGUUGACUUCGGCGAUGCUGAUGCCCUUGAAUCUAUAUUCAAAGAACAUGGAGACAAUAUUGCAGGGUUUCUUUUUGAGCCUAUCCAGGGAGAAGCCGGGGUUAUAGUUCCACCUGAAGGCUACCUUCGGAAGGUUCGAGAGCUGUGCUCGAAGUACAACGUAUUGAUGAUUGCGGACGAAAUCCAAACAGGGAUGGCUCGCACUGGCCGUCUACUAGCAGUCGAAUGGGAGAAUGUUCGACCCGAUGUCGUUAUUUUAGGGAAAGCCCUCGGCGCAGGAGUUUUGCCAGUUAGUGCAGUACUUGCAGACAAGGAAGUGAUGCUUUGUAUCCAGCCUGGUGAACAUGGCAGCACUUUCGGAGGAAAUCCACUCGGUAGCGCAGUGGGUAUAGCAUCUUUGGAGAUAGUCCAAGAAGAAUGUCUAGCAGAAAGGGCUGAUGAACUCGGCGAGAAGCUCAGGGAGUCUCUCAGGGAAUUACAAGUCAGACAUCCAGAUGUCAUUAAGGAGGUCAGAGGUCGGGGUCUCUUGAAUGCAGUGGAGAUGCACCCUGUUGGUUCGAGCAAAGUCACUGCCUACGACGUUUGCCUUGCAUUGAAAGAGAGAGGAAUAUUGGCCAAACCAACUCACAAUACCAUUAUUAGACUUUCUCCCCCGCUGACUAUUACUGAGGAACAAAUACAGGAGGCAGUGAAGGCUUUUGGGAGUGUGCUUGAAGACGACUACUCGCACUUGAAGGAUCUGUCAAGCAAACGUGGUUCCUUACAGAAGCCAGAACCUUGCGACCGAUGUGGUCGUGUAAAAUAGACGAAUUUGCUGUGUCAUAUUGCGUAGACUCCGGUUCCCAGAAUAUCCCACAAAUGUGCUUCUUGGCAGAUUGUACAUAUGAUGAUGACAUUUGGAUUUCGGUAAAUAUUGUAUUUUUUGAAUGGC